AUGGGGAAUCAUCUAUCCAUCGUAAUUAAGAGGAUAAGAAGGAAAUCGACACCGCAACCUAAAAUCGUCGCCUCUUCCGAUCGUGUGAUAAGUAGCAACGCCAGUCAAAAUGGUCUAAAAUAUCAACUACCGAAACCUCCCGAAAAACUUGUCGGCCAUACCAGCCCUCAUUUUUUAUUACGGUUUCUGUGGCAAAGUAAUUUUUUGGCUCCCGUGGACGAUGUCAUGAAUUCCUCGAGUGUCGUUCUAGAUGUGGGUUGUGGAAAUGGAUCGUGGUUAAUCGAUGUGGCCAGUGAGUACUCAAGUCCGGACUUUGUUGGCGUCGGGCUGGUACCGUUCAAAUAUCCUGCAUCAUCAAAAAAUAUCAAGUUUGUCCAAGCCAAUAUCAUCAGUGGACUGCCGUUCGACGAAAAUGAAUUUGAUUAUGUUCGAAUGUGUUAUUUCGUGUACUCUCUCGGGUACAACGAGUGGGAAAGUGUCAUUAACGAAUUGGUCAGGAUUACAAAACCCGGAGGUUGGAUAGAAUUCAUUGAACCGGACCUGAACGUUGUGAACGCGGGACCGAAGGUGAUUCAGAUCAGAUCCGGAUUGGAUCAUCUGGAACACCUGCUGCUUUCGAAAAAAGGACUAACCGAGGUGUGUCAGGAAAGCAAGUUACUAGCCCUGGGAAAACUUGGAGGAGAGGGGGGAAUAUACUACGCGAGUAUGCUCGAUGAGUAUUUUGGAGAAAUGGCCGAAAUGUUACGAGCUCAUUUGAGUCUGUCUUCGGAAGAGAUGAUGGAUUUGUUGGAAGAUUUUAAAAAGGAAUUCAACGGUGGCAAACAAGUAGAUAGAUUCAACGGCAUUCGAAAUAUAGAAGCCCUGAACGAGUUCACCAAGACCAAAGCUGAAGAAUUAUACGACAGUCAAGAGGAGGGUACCGAAGAAAUCUAUGUUACCAACGAGGAAAUUCCUGUUGAAUCCUCCGUCCCGACAAACCCAUUAGGAACAGUUGUCAUAUUGACCGGAAAAAAUUUCGACGAACUGAUAAGCUCAGGACCAUGGUUCGUUAAAUUUUUUGCUCCGUGGUGUGGCCAUUGUCAACACUUGGCGCCUACUUGGGAGGAAUUGGGUAAAAAGCUAAAGGACAAGGUAAACGUUGGCAAGGUGGACUGUACUGUUGAUGGAGUUGAUUACAAGGGAUCACGUCAAUUACAAAGUUUACAGGACUUUGCCGAAAAGGCUGGUGCUGCACGGAUAUCUGAAAUCACUGCGGACGAUCUAGAUAAAGCUAAAGAGAAUGAUGAGGUCAUAUAUGUCUAUCUAUACGACGAGAAAACGCCUUCCCGAUUCUUGCGGAACAUGAAAAUACUAUCGCGCUCUUUCUUUUCGACGAAAUUCUAUUCUAGCAAAGAUAAAAAGCUUGUAGAAACUUUAAAAGUUGACAAGCUUCCUACACUGGUGGUCCUCAAGGAUAGUUUACAAAAGAAUUACCUUUCCGAAUCAUCCGGUGAUUUCUCAGAUAUUGGCGCACUAAAGAAGUGGGUUCGAUCAGAAAAAUAUCCUCUCGUUCCAGAAAUGAAUUCAGAGAAUUAUGAGGACAUUUUGAGUGGUGAUGGGUUGAUUGUUUUGGGCGUAUUGCAACCAACCGGUGAUGAAGCUUUCACCAAAACCAAGGAUUCCUUGAAAGAAGCUGCGAGACUUUAUUACAAACAAACCGGUGAACCGAAUGAUUCCAAAAACGAUAAAAGCGUUACUUUUGCUUGGUUGGAUGGUGUAAAAUGGUCAGAUUACAUCUCUGGUAUUUAUGGAUUAAAAUCAAAAGAUUUACCGGCGAUAUUGAUUGUCGAUCCAAAGUCAAGCGAAUACUACGAUACCUCUAUAACGGGAAGAAAGAUUUCAUUUGAAAGUCGGCAACUUCUUGAGACGAUCGACGACGCCAAGGCGAAGCAUCUGAUUGGCAAGAGUACAAUGGGAAUUAUGGAAAAGACAUUCAGGGGAAUGUCCACCUUCGGAUCUCAAAUUAAGGAAUCUCUCAUCAACCAUCCAUUCAUUUCAUUGUCGAUCCUGGCAUUGGUCUUCAGUGCUUUCUGGAGAUAUUGUUUAACACUGCAAGUAAGGGAUGGAAGAGAUUUCGAGAGAGCUUACGCCGGUGCCGAUAUCAAGGAGAUGCUGGAUAAAAGUUUCGCGGAAGUUUAUAAAGCAAAUUUCCUCGGCCAUUGGAGUAAAAUCAACGACGUUAAGAAACCCACAAUUGCUGCCGUUAAUGGAUUCGCGUUGGGUGGUGGAUGCGAAUUGGCUAUGAGUUGCGACAUAAUUUAUGCUGGUGAAAAUGCUGUAUUCGGCCAACCAGAAAUCAAGCUUGGCAUCAUUCCAGGUGCUGGUGGUACUCAAAGGCUUACAAGAGCAAUCGGAAAAUCAAGAGCAAUGGAAAUCGUAUUGUCGGGUAGAAAAUUUUCAGCACAAGAAGCUGAAAAGUGGGGUUUGGUGAGUAGGAUCUUUCCUGUUGAUAAGGUACUUGAAGAGGCCAUUAAGCUUGGUCAAGAGAUCGCGGGUCUUUCCCAGCCUUCUGUCCAAGCCGCCAAGGAAUCAAUUAAUAGCGGUAUGUUUUAA